AGGGGCGUUUGCGGACAGCCCGGCGGGGGCGUGGAGGGGAGAGGGUGCAGGUGCCGUUACUGCCGGGCGGUUGGGAGCCCAACGGACUUGGGUUGGGGCGCGCGAGGAGCCCCUGGGCCGUGACGCCACGAGGGGUGCGAGGGAGCAGGAGGUACCCCCCCUUCACCCGUUUAGCACUGCUGGCUGAGGCGGGCCGGGACGCGUUCUGCCGCUCGGUUUCGGCAAGAGAGCCUUCAUCGGCCCUGCCGUGCCCGCCGUGUCACGGCAGGUGCCGACGUCGCGACAGUCCUGACUGGCGUGCCUCGGCAUCCGUUCUCGCGGUGGCGACUGAGGUGGGGAGGCGGUGACACUCCCUAAGAACGACCUGCCGAUCCCCUUCUCCUCCUUCCCCCGUCGAUCCGCGGCCGGCGGGGCAACUGCAGAAAUGAGUUGCACAAUUGAAAAAGCCUUAGCAGAUGCGAAAGCACUGGUGGAACGGCUAAGGGAACAUGACAACGCAGCAGAAGCUCUUAUUGAACAGACUACAGCUCUUAACAAGCGGGUUGAAGCAAUGAAACAGUACCAAGAAGAAAUUCAAGAGCUCAAUGAAGUAGCAAGACAUCGUCCUCGGUCUACAUUAGUGAUGGGUAUCCAACAAGAAAACAGACAGAUUAGGGAAUUGCAACAGGAAAAUAAAGAACUACGCACAUCCCUUGAAGAACAUCAGUCUGCUUUGGAACUCAUAAUGAGCAAGUACAGAGAACAGAUGUUUAGGUUGCUAAUGGCAAGCAAAAAGGAUGAUCCAAGUAUAAUAACGAAGUUAAAAGAGCAACAUUCCAAGGAGUUGCAAGUGCAUGUAGACCAAAUUACAGAAAUGGCAGCAGUAAUGAGAAAAGCCAUUGAAAUUGAUGAAAAGCACGGCUGUAAAGAGCAGGAACGGAUCAUUCAGCUUGAACAAGAAAACAAAGGCUUGAGAGAAAUUCUACAAAUAACUAGAGAAUCAUUCCUGAACCUCAAGAAAGAAGAUGCAUCAGAGAGUACAUCUCUGUCAGGAUUAGUAACAAGCAGUGAUCUGAGCCUGAGGAAAAGCUGAAGACUCUGGAAGUCAACAAGCUUCAGUUGCACACUUUAAAAGGGAGUAUCAGGGGUCACUUGUCAAGCACUUGUUACUGAAUAGGGCACCAGCAGGCUAAUGCAUCUUAAACUCCAGUUCAGUCGUUUUUAUACUGCGUAAAAUAAAUUUAAAUUGGUAUUCUACAAAAAGCUUAGUGACAGGUGAAUUGCCAUAGAUCUAAUUUCAGUAGGAAAUGGAUUAAUGCACUUACUGAAUUGGGAAUUAUUUUUAUAUGAGGCAAUUUUACAGAUAAAAGACAAGAUUUCACAUUAUUUAUAUAAACUACUGCUCAUACAAACUUCCAGUGCACCUGUUACAUAAAGGUAAGAUUUAAAGACCGAUCUCCAGCUAAAAAGUAGUAGCUUAUGAAUAUGCUUUGUGCAUGAUCCAUAUUACUUUUUUCCAUUUAAGUUUUUUUUUUUAAUUCUCAUUUUGCAAACUUGUUUCAUGGAAAGAGUACAUAGGCAGCAUAAAACUUAAGGAUUUCUGUUAUUUAGCCACAGAGUAUCUUGUUUAAAUAUAAGGCAAAUUGUUUAAACAUAAGCAAUGCUUUUGCAGUUGUUCAAUAUUUAUUUUUUUUUAAAUUGAGCAAGAUGAUUUAUGUACAAUUAGUUAGAUUUUCAAAACAUGAAAAGAGCUGCUCCCACCUAUUGCUUUCUGGAAGACAAGCAGCAGAGUAUCAGUCUGCCUUAGCUUUUACUUUUAUGAGAGAAAACCAGGCUCAGUUCUCUAUAGGUAAGAAGCCACAUUAGUCCCACCAAUUUCUUCUCUUGGUUGUCUGCCCAAACUUCCUGACUGGGAAAUGGCAAUUUGAAAGCACCCAAAUAGCAGCAGAAAGGUGGUUGGAGAAGGGAGGGAGAAGCUCAUGGCAAAGUUGGCAGCCUGCAUACAAUACUCCUAAUUUUUCUUGAAGUACUCAUCAAGAAGGUUUUUAAGUUUCAGGUACGUGUUAUGUUUGCACUAGGAAAAACUUCAAUAUGCUAUACUGACAAAUAGACUGGUCACUUUUAAUUCUAAAAUACUUGCAAAAGUGAAAAGGAAUUGGCUUUUCUAGCUCAAAGUGCAGCUUAUAUCCUGAUACAAUCAAAGUGCUACACAAGAUAGGCUUGUAGUAGAGAGGUGCUGAAAAAAUUUCAUUUGGUCAAGGCAGCAAGAACAUUCCUAGUAUUGCUGUGUAUCAUCACUUUUUGUUGGGUGUCCUGGUGUAUUCUUUACUUGGAAUACAUACGCAAACUAUGUAUGUUUGUAGAUUUACAAACACCACCCACAACUGAAUAUUUUCACUCUUUAAUACCCACCUAGCAAAAUGAGUUGAACUCAUACUCUGGAGUCAACUGUCAUUUCAUCAAAUUUGAUAUUCAGUUGCAACAAUGCAAAAAGAACUAAGCAAAGCACUCUUGUGUGUUGGUUUUAAAUACAACUUCCUUUGACUCAGUACGGCUUCCUUGGGCUCAGGGUAUAUGCACCACAGGUCCAAGGGUGAACUUUCAGGGCCCAGUGAACUCAUUUAUAGGGAGCUUAAUAUUUUUGGUUUGUUGCUGCCCCCCUUCCCAUAGUACUUUUAAGAGAAACAAGUGAUGGGAAAAGAGUGUUUAGUAGAGACAGUAAGUGCUAGGAGAUGCAGUAGAAAGGACAGAAAUCAAGCUCUCCCAGUUUUCACAGCAUUUUUUUUUUUAUAAAUGGAAAACUGCUACUUCUCUUUCCAAAGAACCUGGCUUCUUUCUAGGCUUAAGAAUAUAUUGAGGACAUUCAUGUGCAUGGAAAAAGAGUUUUAAGCAUUUCCAAACUUGCUAAACAUGGGGGGAACUUUAACAGGAACAUUUUAGCUCAAGCACAUACUUGUCUACUAUUAUUAUCUGUAAAACUUAGCCAAUGCUUCUCUAAUUUAGAUUUUGCAUUCCUACUGCAGCUUGCAAGCUGGUGACUUACCAGAAGCAAUUUUUUUUUUAUGGAGUUUUGUUAUUGCAAACUUACAAGAAGUUUUGGGUUCAGUUGAUUAAGUUAUUCAUUUUAGAAGUGUCUUUUCAGCCAGUGACUGGUAUCAGGCAUUUAUAUCCAUUUAAUGCUGAAUGCAGUUUCCUGGCUGACUUUCUGAUUUGUCUUUCAAAUACAAUCUCUAGAGUUGUAUGGCAAAGAAGGGUUGUUAGUCUGUGACAGUUCUUUAUGGUUGCUCUAUUAUGAAAUAAUGCUUGAUCAGUGUUUAUUUUUGUAAACUGAAAACAAUGUGACUUAAUUUAUCUACUCCUAGUCUUCAUGUUUGAUAUGUCUUCCCUGUAAUUUCCCUGACCUGAUCACUUUAGGAUUUUAAAGAACCUUCACUGUGUGUGGAGUGACUAUUUUUCAUUGCAUACCUGCUAUUUUUGUAAUGCAGAUGGCUUGAAAAGAAUUUAUGGCUAGAAUUGUGUACUGUACAGUAAACUUAUUUUAUCAAUAAAGGUGACUGAAAAUA